UGAAAAUGCAAAACAACAGUCUGUUUGGUUGUAACAGGCUUUCAGAGGCUUAACCAACAAUAAAUGACCUGUUUGACAGUUUCAGACUGACACUGCACAAUGUUCUGCGACUGAACCUGAGAGACACUAACAGCAGAUAAAUACUUGCAACACCUGAGCUUCCUGCUUAACAAAGAAGGAAAGUAAGGAAGGAAGGGGACAACAAACAACAAAACCUCAAGAGAAGACAAAGACGAUGUUCAAAACAAUCACCCGGCUGCUUUUUGGGGGAGAGGAGGAGACCCCCAAGGAUGUCAAGUCUGGAGAAGUGGUGGAAGAAGGGUGGCUUGUAGUCAGUCAUCAAGAGGCAGAGAGCCAUAGUGCAGAGCUGACUGACACCCAACCAUCAAACUCUGCUCCUCAUGGAGACACAAUCGCAAACAUGGACAAUGACAGCAGUGUGUUGGAUCCAGAGCCCACAGUUCAAAGCAGCAUCGCCACCAGUCGAGAGAUCACAGGCUCAGUUUCUCAGCCUAAAGCUUUGUUGGAAGUGACUCAGUUAGCCUGCACCCAGAAGGCUAAGGCCUGGACAGACCGACACCACAUGACUCGUAACGCCAUCCAGCGCCAGAACCGCGUCCGCCAAGGAGUCCAACAUCACUCCUUCCACCUCCAACAGCCGGGACAUCGCAACCUCAGCCAUUGAGGCUUGACGGCAAAUGUUAACCAGGAAAUACAUCAUUAUUAUAAUACUAUUAAACACAUACUACAAUACACACAGUUUAGUUUUGUGCAGAUUUAAGCUAAAUAAAUGUAACACUUGACAACUCUUACAAGGUAGUAGGCAGCUACAUUAUAACUCGUACUGUAUAUGAAUUUGGAAUGAAGACGUCCGCCUCAUGAAAUGAGAUACACCAUGUUUUCUUGUUUGUGUGCAUGUGAUAUGAUGUGGAUGAGAGAAAAGUGCAGCCUAUGCAAAAUGUAUCCUGUAACAUUUCUGACAAAGUGACGUGAUUUGUGUAUUGACAUGCAUUUACCUCUAUGUACUUGGUUGAAAACCUUUUUUUAUACGACAAUAAAAACUAUGACAUUG